UAGAUCUCACAACAUCACAUUCCACACACAUGGCCACAGCACUAGUCAUGGCUGACAAGAUAGUCAGCCCACAGCUCGACAUGAAGCCAUCCGCCGCGCUGCCAGCACACAGAUCUGUCAAGCGACGAAGGCAACAGCCUUCAAUGACUCUCCUCCCAAGCCCCGAGGAAUCUCCCGCCUCGCCGGUAGGCCAGACUUCAGAAUUGAAUGAGAUCCCACUCCUUGACUCCCUCGACCCUCUCGAGAAGAACAACGCCCAAAGCCAAGAACAAGCCUCCGAGGCCGAGCAAUCCGCCCGCCUCCUCACCCUCGCCACCCACGUCCUCAGCACCGAAGCCACCGCCCUGAACCACCUCACCACAACCUACCAAACCACCCCGAGCGCCCGCACCGCCCUCCUCUACGCAACGCGCGCCAUCCUCCGCGCCCACGCCAACCACGGCCGCGCCAUCAUCUCCGGCGUGGGCAAGAGCGGCUACAUCGGGCAGAAGCUGUGCGCGACGCUCAAAAGCCUCGGCGUCGGCGCAAGUUUCAUGCACGCGUGCGAAGCCGCGCACGGCGACCUCGGCGACGUCUCCCGCGACGGCCGCGACGUCAUCGUCUUCGUCACCUUCUCCGGCCGCACGCCCGAGCUGAUGAACCUCGUCCCGCACCUGCCGCGGGGCACCGACAUCGUCGCGCUCUCGGGCUCCGACGGCGGCGUGGACGGCUGUGCCAUCCUGCGGGAGCGGCGGAAGAGAUUGUCCGAGGAAGACCGCGAUGACACUGCAGGGAGCUCCGGCGACAAAGUCGGCGAGACCAUCCUCCUCCCCGCGCCCAUCCACGAGAAAGAGGAGCUUUCCUUCGGCGUGUGCGCGCCCACGACUUCCACAACCGUCGCGCUCGCCGUCGCGGACAUGCUCGCGAUCACCGUCGCGGAGGAGUUGCACCGUUGCGAGGCCGGAGGCGACAGUCGUACCAAGGCUGUCUUCCGACGGAAUCAUCCCGGCGGUGCCAUCGGCAUGAUGCCGAUCCCGCCGGUCGUCGCCGCCGCCGCGGGCGCGGUUGCUGUUGCGCAGCCUUGCAUUGAUACCGGCAAGGUCGGCGGCGCCAAGCGGGCACGGGAGGACGAUGAGGAGGAGGAAAAUGGAGUGACGGAGUUGCCCUCGCCGUAUCCUUCUGGUGAGGACGAUCGUUGACCGAUCGGUUUCGAGGCGAGAGAAGUCGACGUUUGGUUGUCUAGCUUUUCUUCGCUUACGUCGAGGUUUUUGAUUUCUUUUUGGUUACGUUGAGAUGAGAUGCUUGGAGGAAAUAGCAUCCAAACAUGAUGACGACGAUAGCGCA